CAUGACCAAGUAAUUGAAGACAGCAUGCACAAGAUAAUUUGUGUAGACGAUGAGAUGGUGUAUAUUGAUAUUUUGGAGAUGAAAGGAAAUUCUGAAUAUGAGGUAUUGAGACCAAUCUACAUUGAAAAGGUUGAAACAUUUGUCAUUGUAGUGUCAGAAAAUGAUCUAAACUCAUUCAUUGAGACACGACGACAGCUUAUUGUUUUAUUGGAAGUGAAAGAAAAACGAAUUGAUAUUCCAAUUCUAUUUGCAAUUAAUAAGGUUGAUAGAGAUGAUUCUAAAUCUCAAAUUGAG